UUACUGAGGGAUUCAAUGGCUAAUGUACCAGUAGCUCUGAUUAAGGCUGUGAACAGUGCCCUCCAAGAAGGAAAGUCCCUUACGUGGAGGGUCCAUGGAGGUGACGAUAAGAUCAUGAUGAACAUCAUGUGGACUCGGACCUCUGUCAAUAAGAAAUCUCUCACAGUUAGACCGGUCAAACCACUGCUAGUGGCAUCUUCUUCCACUGACUCUAGGUCUGAUGAUAGCUUUAGUGUAAAGGAUCCUUCCACUGCUCUUACAUCUGUACCUAAAGAGGGGCGUCGCCAGCUUCCACCAAUACCUAGUCCUGACACACAACUUGCCAUGGCAUCUGAAAUCAAACAGAGGCAGAAUGCCAUGCCAAAAAGUGGUGGAUCUAAUGGGCAUGGGCAGCUAUUUACCGAGUACAAACUCAUGGCUGAGUAUAACUUAUUGAUGUCACACAAAGUCCCUGGCUGUUAUGCAAUACCUUCUGCCCUGACACCACUUAUUUGGCAUGGGGUGUUGUUCAUCAGACAGGGAAUGUAUCAAGAGGGAGUUUUUAGAUUUAUUCUAACCAUUCCUGAGAAUUUCCCUGAUGGAGAUUGUCCUAGUCUAGUCUUUUCCUUCCCCGUCUUUCAUCCUUUAGUGGACCCUACCACAGGAGAGUUAGACGUCAAAAGAGCAUUUCCCAAGUGGAGAAAAAGUUCAAACCAUAUAUGGCAGGUCCUGCUUUAUGCACGUCGUGUUUUCUACAAAAUAGAUACCAAACUUCCCUGGAACAAGGAAGCUGCCUCACUGUAUGACAAUGAGCCAGAUGCUUUUCGAAAAGAAGUCUUGAAGACGGUGAAUACCAGUAAAGAGAAAAUAGAGGAACCAGUUAAAUCAGAUGACCCACAUAUACUCAGGUUCACCCCUCUAGAUCCAAGUGUUCAUGAAGAAGUUCGGAAGCAGAUGAUGAGUAUGCAGGUCAGUCAAAGUGAUCCGGGUGGAGUCAAGCCAGGUCUGUCAUGGAUGAAACCAGGAAGUGUUCAGAUUUUUGCCAGGGAAGAUUCUGCAUUAGCAUAAUUUAAACUUUGUAUAAUGUAUACUGUGUUCUUUCCUUUUUGGGAAAGAGACUUAAACAGUACCCUGUUCUUUUGUCUUGUGGAAAAAAAACUCUAAAGAGAGUGGAUAUGUUUUCUCAUACAAAAACUCCAAACUCUGGUGAGUUGAACAAGAUAUUUAACCCCAAAAUGGUGCUCAUUGUGUUUGUCUGUUUCUUUAUAAAUAUAUAUGACACACACAAACAGUUUGAAGAGGACAUUUCAAUGGAAUGGUUCAUUGCUAUGGUAAAGCACUGGCCAGGAAUAAAUCUAUGCAUGUAUUUUUUUUUCUUCAUUUUUUUAAAAAUAUUUUUUGUUAAAUAAAUAAAUGUUUUUUCGUAGAAAAUAUUUUGCUUUACCAAAUUGGAGAUGGUGAUUUAUAAAAUUUUUAUUUUUUGUGAGUUAUUUUUGCUUCAAGUGCAAAGAUGUGUAUUUUUUGAGGUUGUAAUGCUAUUUAUGCCUUAUUAUGUGACAGUUACCAAAUUAAAGAAAAGUACUUUUAGAAUUUUUACAGUAUUUACAGUAUAUAUCCCGAUCUUAACAAUCUUCAUUAUAUCUGAAAAAGAAUUAAAACAUUGAUUUAGAUGAAAAGAUUUCAGUACAAUUAGGAACAGUAUUUUCAAUGAAAAUUGAUAUUAACUUGUAAUGAAUCCAUGAAGAUUUGCAUGUUGUACAUGUAUAAAUAUGUUCUGUAUGUAUUCUGUCUCCAGUUUAUUUGGUGAUCUGUGUUGAUGCAAUGUCAUCUGAUGAGAGGACAAAACUUUAGUGCUUUGUCAAACUUAGUUUUGUUUUUAUUUUUCAAUUUUUGUUGUUGUUGUUGUCAUUUUUACCAAAAGCAAUGAACUGUAAAGAGAUGAAAAUUUAACUUUAAAGACAUUUUUCAAUAAAGAUUUUUUUUCUCCGCAACUUGAAUAUCUUCAUAUUUUCAACUUUAUGUAACAUUAUAUUGAUUUUGUCACUCUCAUCAGUUGUAUGAAAUGUUGUGCAAAUGCAUUUUAU